AUGUCAACAGCCACAGCAGAUAACGCCAGCGCCAGCUGCCUUCUCCUAUACGCCCUCGGAGCGGCGGUGCUGGCCGCUCCGCUGGCGUACCGCACGUUCCACGGCGACGCUACCGACGCCGACAACCUGUCGUCGCGCGUCCGGCGCCUCGCACCGUGGGGCCGAUCGCCGCCGCCGCGGUACGUCUACGAGCCGCUGGCCAAGGGCCAAUUCCGACUCAUGCACCUCCUGGCGGGGGCGGCGGACGACGACGUUGUCCGCGUCAGGCUCGUCGUCGAAGCCGUCGACGCGGCCCCCGCUUACCACGCCGUCUCGUACGUCUGGGGCGACCCGGGGAGGACGGCCGGCAUCCUCUGCGAGGGCGCCGAGAUCCGCGUCACCACGAACCUGCUCGGCGCCCUCCGCCGGUGGCGCCUCGCCGACGAAGACGUCGUGCUAUGGGCGGACGCCGUGUGCAUAGACCAGCGGAACACGCUGGAGAAGACACACCAGAUCGCGCUCAUGGCCGACGUCUACUCGCGCGCCGCGUCCGUCCUCGCCUGGCUCGGGGACGACGACGCCGGCCUCGAAGGGCUCGAGGCCCUCGUCGACGCCGCGCUCGGGAAAAUCCCCGAGGUCUUUCCGGACGACCCCGCGCGGAACAGGGCGAACGCCGUCGAGGUCCCGAGGUCCCUCGAUUGGGUCCCGCUGCGUUCGCUGCUGGGCCACGCCUGGUUCGAGCGCAAGUGGGUGAUCCAGGAGGCCAUCCUCAACGACCAGACCUGGCUGCAUUGCGGCCGCUUCCGGCUGCCCCUGGGGCCCGUAUCGGAGCUCUGCCUGCGCAUGGCGACGUUCGGCAUCCAGCUCCACAUCGCCGGCCAAGCCAUGGACCCCUCCUCCUCCAUCUUACCGAUCCGCCUGCAAAACCUCGCCAUAAUGCGCGGGAGCCACUGGUACAACGGCAAAGAACCCGUCACCCUCGUCGACGCCCUCAAGGCCACGCGCACCUUCCACUGCACCGACCCGCGGGACCACAUCCUUGGCAUUCUCGCCUACGCGACCGACGUCGAGCGUGACAGCAUCUUGCUGCGCGACAACCUCCUCGCUGUGCUAGCGUUGGCGCCGCAAAAGGCCGCCCCGGACGCCGCCUGCCCCUGGUGGUACCGCCCAUACAUCCGCUGGCAGAAGCGCCGGCUGCCCGGCCUGCCGUCCUGGGUGCCCGACUUCCGCCUCCACGAGAACGAAACCCUGCCGGCCUACACCUUCCGGCACGGCAAGUUCUCGGCCGGCGGAGCCGAGGUCGGGACCAUCCAAGUCAUUGACGACAAGGUUCUCCGUUGCAGCGGAAUCGUGGUGGACGUGGUCAAGGACCGCGGCGUCUUCUGGUAUGACAUGCCGCUCCCGCCCAAGCCCGCGCGGAUGCCGCCCCCGCUGGACAAGCUGCACAUCUCGGUCGCUCGGCAAAUACUGAAGUUCCUCGACUACUACAGGGCGUGCGUGCGCCUGGCGUCGCCGUCGGGCUCGGAGGACGUCCGGGACCUGGCCCCGGAGCGGCUUGCGUCCCUGUGGAAGGCCUUGACAUGCGAGCGGAUUCAGCUGAGCGACCGCAUCGAUGUCGACCUUUCAGAGCAGUUCAAGGCAUUGGUCGUCGGGAUGGAAACGUGGUUCACCUCGGAGGACCUGGGUGAGGCGAACAAGGGGUGGUUGAGCGUCUUGACCUCCGGCCAGGCGCUCGAGUGGAGCAUCAUCGGGCUCGGGCUCCCGCGGCGGCUCUCCCUCACGGCCGAGAGCAGGCUCUGCAUGGCACCGACUGAGGCGAGGGUGGGCGACGUGAUCUGCGUCCUGCUCGGGUCCGAGGUCCCUUUUGUCAUUAGGCCCACGAGACGGGGCAUGUACGAGCUGAUCGGAGAGGCCUACGUCAGUGGCAUAAUGGAUGGCGAGGUUCUCUCUGGCAAGUACGAUCAAGUGGAUAUUAUGUUGGAAUAA